AUGUCAGACACGACAAGCCUAGAGUCGGAGGCUACGGAGACGUUGAAUGCGGUGAACAGGCGGAGAUUGCAGAACCGCCUGAACCAGCGGGCGAGCCCUGAUGAAUGGGGGCGGGGGAAAGGCAUGAGAAAGAAGGAGCUGCAGAAGCAGCAGCAGCAGGACAAGAAUCAGGUUAGCAAAUGGGUCUUUUAUGUAGACCCGAGAACGGAGGACGCGCAGCAGGACGGGCGGCCGCUGGAUCGAAAGCGGUAUCAAUGGCGUCUUGCGCAAACGCGGCCGGCGUCGUCUCUUGAUGAAUGGAAAGAAUCCGGAUCCGAGUUGGCUGUUGCCAGCGGCAGCUGCCACAGCCCAAGUAUCAGCGACGUGUUCCUCUCGCCCAAGUACCGCGACGAAAUGUUUCGCUUCUUUUGCAAGUUGUCGACGACCGAACGGGGUGUCUUUUACCGUCGGUUGUACGAACUAGUUACUCGCCAUGUUGCGCAGCGCACGCUGGAUAGUCAGCUCCUGUUGUCCGUGAUGCAGUUCAACGUUAUCCGGGCCGCGGGGGUGAAUGCUGCGGCCAUCGGCAUCGGGAUGGAUCUCAUGGCCGAAGAUGUCAUCUCGCCUUUCUACGCCGGCGUCGGUACUCAGCUCACUCUGCCUGGCAGUACUACUACAUAUGGCAAAGAGCUGCAGCAUCUGCCGCCGAACCUGCAGCCAACCGCGUUGCAGAAGCUGGUCAUCCACCACCCCUGGAUUGACGUCUGCGCUCAGCCUUCGUUGCGUGACGCGCUGCUGAGGAGAUUGCAUAAUCUAAACGAGGAUGAGUUUUGCCAUCACUUGUUUCUACAACAUGGCGAGUCGGACAAGGACGGCAUGAUCGGGAUGGUGGUGUGGGGAGAGGCUUGGGAUGCCGCGUCGUACGAAAUUUCGGCCACCAUGGUACGCAAGUGGCCGUGGAUAGUGAACGAGUGCCCGGACAUUAUCAGGACGACGAAUUACUGGCGGGCAAAGAGACAGGAGGGUCCAUUGAAGAUUCUUUGA